AUGUCCCAGGCACCAUCAUCUUCUUCAAAUCAGAGCCUCUCUUGCAGUCCGACCUCCACUCCACACAAUCACAUCAACCUUCCUACGAUCACAACAAUGGCGUUCCUGUCCUAUGCUUCCGAUUUCAAGCCUCUCUUCCAGCUGCUGGAUGACUACGAGACCCACCGCUCCGGCCCCACUAGUCGCCGCACGUUUGCCCCAGCAUUUGAUGUUCGCGAGUUAGAUGAUGGCUACUACCUCGAUGGCGAGCUACCAGGCGCUGACCAGAGCAAUAUCAACAUUGAAUUCAGCGAUCCUACCACCCUAGUCAUCAAGGGACACAUCAAGCGCGACUACCAAGACCACUCCAGCACCAAGAAGAAGGCGUACCAUGCCACUGUGGAAGAUGAAUCCAACUCAGAAUCCACCGAAACCAACUCGGUGACCUCAGAUGCUUCAGGUCAGACCAAGACCCAGAAAACUCAAUUCUGGGCAUCGGAGCGGUCAGUCGGCGACUUCCAGCGCACUUUUACCUUCCCCACACGCGUUGAUCAGGACGCGGUGCGUGCGAGCCUGAAGAACGGCAUCUUGUCUCUCGUGGUGCCCAAAGACGCUACACCUCACACCAAAAAGAUCCGCAUCGAGUAG